AAGUAUAGUUUUAAUAAAUAUGGAAAAAAUACUGAAUAUAUAGACACAAAACCACAAGAGAGACUCAGCUUGGAUGUAAAAAUUAAGUCCGGAGUUGCGGAAAAACGGUAUGGCUUCUCACAAAGCUCGUCUUCAGUUUAUUAUGAAUUAGAAGAAAAGGAAUCCAUUAAGGAGGCAGACGAAGUUUUUCGUUACUUCGAAAAACCACCAAAACAAAUAAAAUUCAAAGUUGAUCGAGUUUUAAAAGUGCGAGGAGAAAAAGAAAAGAUGGAGGUGCUCGUGAAAUGGCAAUUCCGAUCUUACCACGAUCUUGAAUGGAUCAGCAAGAAUAAGCUAGACGAUAAAGCAAGUCAGAAACUAAAUAAGUUUUUGGAAAAAAAUAAGGACGCCCCAAAACUCGACGAGCGGCCUCCUUUCGACCCGGAAUACUUGAAAGUGGAGCAAAUUGUUAAAAGAUACUUGACUUCCACGCGGAAUUACUAUUUGGUCAAAUGGUGCCAACUUCCCUUUUCUGAGUGCACGUGGGAGGUUGAAAAUUUCAAUGUACUCUCAUCGAAGGAUAUUGAACGUUUCAACAAAAAUGACGUCUUUCCACCUUCCCGCCAACUCACGCCAUUUUCUUAUUAUAACUUGAAAGCGCAGUGGUCCGCUGUUACGAAGUCUCCCGAAUAUGCCAAUGAAGGCACUCUUCUAGAGCAUCAAGUCGAAGGCCUUAAUUGGCUACUUUUUAACUUUGUGCAAAGAAAAGGCUGCAUUUUAGCCGAUGAAAUGGGACUCGGUAAAACAAUACAAUCCGUUUCUUUUGUCCAUCAACUUUUUAACAAGUAUAACAUCAGAGGCCCUUACAUGGUUGUCGCUCCUCUCUCCACACUUAGUCAUUGGUUUCGCGAAUUUAGUACGUGGACUUCUAUGAACGCAUUUGUUUAUCACGGAACCGAAAGAGACAGGAAGUUAAUGCGCGAAAAUUUAUUUUUCUUCGAAAAUAGUGAAAGUUUGGAAAAAAAUAUUCCAAAGUUUCACGUUCUCAUUACAACUUAUGAAAUCCUUAUUCGCGAUAAGCAAACGUUGAACAGUUUUCAUUGGGUCUCUUGUAUAUUUGAUGAAGCUCAUAGAUUAAAAAAUAAAAACUCCAAAGUGAACUGCGCUAUUCGUGAGUUUCCAAAAAUACAACAUUUUCUUCUUCUUACUGGCACGCCUAUACAAAAUAACGUUUCGGAGAUUUGGACGUUACUAAAUAUUAUUGAUCCAAAUAAUUUUGAUGGUCACCAAUCAUUUAUUGAGAAAUACGGCUCUCCGGAGACUACUGAACAAGUUUCAGCCUUACAGAAGUUGCUUCGGCCUUAUCUCUUAAGAAGAACUAAAGAAGAUGUUUUAAAAAAUAUUGCCGCGAAGGAGGAGACAAUCGUCCAGAUAGAACUUACAGCCAUCCAAAAACAGUUCUACCGAGCCAUUUUGGAGCAAAACUUCAAGCAUCUAAACUCUGGGAAAAGUUUUGGGAAUUUAAGAAAUAUCGCUAUGGAGUUACGAAAGUGCUGCAGUCAUCCUUAUUUGAUAAGAGGAGCAGAAGAGCACAUCAGCACGCUUAACGCUCAAGCUCCGCUCACGCAACUAAUUGAGUCUUCAGGAAAAAUGGUUUUUCUUAACAAACUGUUGCCCAAACUAAGAGAAAACGGCUCGAAAGUUUUAGUAUUUUCCCAAAUGGCAAAAUGUUUGGAUAUUAUUGAAGAUUUCUUGCGGGACACUCACCAGCGCUACGAAAGAAUCGAUGGCACCGUGUCCGGCUUGGAACGGCAGCGCUCUAUUGAUAGGUUUUCUCAGGAAAAAGAUAUAUCUGUUUUCCUUUUAACGACCCGCGCAGGAGGUUUCGGUAUUAACCUUGCAGCUGCCGACGUGGUGGUGAUAUUUGAUAGCGACUGGAACCCACAGAAUGACUUACAAGCACAGUCACGGUGUCACAGGAUUGGCCAAACGCAACAGGUCAAAGUUUACAGGUUAAUCACAAGAGGAACGUACGAGGAAGAAAUGUUUAACCGCGCAAGCCGCAAACUUGGACUAGAGAAGGCCAUUAUCGGUGGUAUUUGUGGGAAGAGUAAGUCUUUUUAUGAAAGUAUGUCUAAAGCAGAAGUAGAAAAUCUAUUGAGACGCGGUGCAUAUGGCCUCCUUAGUGAUGAGGCGGACACAGCGGCUCGCCAAUUUUGUGAAGCAAAUAUUGAAGAAAUUUUAGAGACAAGAACUCGCACUCUCAUUGGCGAGCCCCUUGCAAUGACGAAUCGCUCGUCUACUUUUUCAAAGGCGUUCUUUAAUGUUAAUGAUGCUGGCCAGGAAUUGGACGUCAACGAUCCUUCUUUCUGGGAAAAAUGGGCGAAAAAGUCAAGCAUCAACGUAAAAAAAAAUGCGCAAGUAGAAGACCACGUGGAACUUGGAAAAAGAAGAAAAGCGAGGAAUCAGAUUUAUAGAAAAACCGCGUCUGCCUCUGAAAGUGAUUCGAGCAGUUGUGCUGGUGAGGAUGACGAUAAUAGCGAAUCCGACAACAGUAAAGUUGAUGCCCAGCAAGCCGCCCUUUUUCUAGAAAACCAUCUUCUUAAUUUUGGUUUGGACUGCUGGAAAAAUAUUGAUGCCCAAGAAAACGGGGUCCAUUUUGAUUGGAUGAAGAGGAAAAAAGUUUUCCAUACCACACAAAAGCUUGAAAAUUUUACUUCUUUUGCUAUCCAUUUCUGGUUACGCCACUCAAAAAAAACAAGAGAUUCUCAACACGUGGUGAAUAUCAUUGCUAACAAAAAUAUGAUCCCUACAGAAGACCACGUUUUUGAGGGAAUGGUGCUGAACGAAAUUGAAAAGUCUAUAUUAUCUAUAUUUAAGCAAAAGUUUGAACGUAACGAGCCGAAGUGUACGAAAAAUGUUCUACGCGUUGCCUUAUUGGAUUUCUUCAUCAAUACUAUGCUUGGCGGUUGGCCAGUUAUCGAUGAAAUUUUGCGUAGUGAAUCGCCUUGCAGUAUAGAGAAAGUCCAAGAAGCAUUUCCGGCCGCACCUGCUGUUGUUGUGGCGCUGGUGAGGGGCGGGUACAGCUUGGGAAACAAAGGCGUGAAGUAUGCUGCGAAAUUUGCAGAGUCUCCCGAUAAAAAGUUGUUCGGGAAAAAAGUUUUCUUAUUUAAAAAACACUUGAGAGUGUGCUAUACGAAGAGCCUUCGGGAAGGAGAAAGUUUGAAAGCAAAAAUAUUAAACGGGCCCACUUGCCCUAAAUUUAACCAGCGGGAGCAUAAAGCCAUUUGGGAUACUUUGGCCAACCACGGACUAUUUAUUAGUGAUGACGGCAAGAUUUGUGAUUGGGAAUUAUCUCUUUUUACUAUAUUCGUGUUUAUUUUAUUUUUUGUGUCUCACUGAUUUGUUUUGUUGACUUUUAUAUAAAGUUUAUUAAUUGUUUGCAGGGAAAAGUUUUGUCAAAAAGCAGAAAUUCAGAAAAGUAGUGAAAUUAUGGACGAGUAUUAUCUCGAGUUUCUUAUGAUGCUGAAGAGCAGUAAAGAAUGGGGGACGGGAAUACUGCAGCACUGCGAUUAUAUGUUGCAUCGUUUUAGAGAAUUGUCAUUAAAUUCUGCGAAAAACGGAACCAUCAAAAAGUUCCGCAUUCCAUCGAAAACACCAGAGCGGUGUAUUAAAAUUUUGCAAAGAUUGGAAAUGUUUGCUAUUAUCCGCCGAAGUUUAUUAACAAAAGAUUGGGAAUCUUUUAGAACAAUGGCACCGCUAUAUAAGUCAAGAAGUCAAUUCCCUGAUUGGUGGAUUUCGGGAGAGCAUGACAUCGCAUUGGUUACGGCUAUUGAAAAAUAUGGCCUGAACCGGCCAGACUUGUUCUUUUCUGAUAAAGAAUUGCCUUUUUAUAGGCAACUUGGAAACCUCCAAAAAGAAAUAAAUAAAAAUAACACCAGUAAAGGAAAUGAUAAUCAAAAAAUCCAUUUGGAUUUAUUUGAGCCGAGCAGUUUCGACGAGCUUGACUCCCCCCAACUAAAGAAAAGCGAUAUUGUCAAAGCGAUGCGAUGGCCCAGCGAAACUAUAAUAGUUUCAAGAAUUUUUAAACUUUAUAAUGAUCUGCAGAAUCAAAUAAGCAAGCCCCCUUCACGCACUUUAGAAAGUAAUAACAGUAAAUCAGUUGAAGUAAUCAUAGAAUCCAAGAAAGCACAAAAGCAACAAUCUUUACUCGCUUUGCUCAAUCCGCCAAUAGAAUCAGAAAAAGACAAAUAACUACUGAAUUUACUACUUUUUUUUAAAAAAAUUGCUUAAAAAUUUCUAUUUUGUUAUCC